AAGCGUUUCGAGUUCUCUCCCUCGCCAACAGCUCUCUUUUUUUCCAUCUUCUUCUCCUUUGUGUUUUUGUGAUCAGUGAGAGCUUGCAAACAUGCUUGUCUAUCAGGAUCUUCUCACUGGUGAUGAGCUUCUCUCUGAUUCCUUCCCUUACAAGGAAAUCCAGAAUGGAAUGCUUUGGGAAGUUGAGGGAAAGUGGGUUGUCAAAGGAGCAGUUGACGUAGAUAUUGGUGCAAACCCAUCCGCAGAAGGCGGAGAGGAAGAUGAAGGUGUUGAUGACCAAACUGUUAAGGUGGUUGAUAUUGUUGACACCUUCCGCCUACAGGAGCAACCUCCUUUUGACAAAAAGCAGUUUGUUGCCUACGUGAAAAAGUACAUCAAGUUGCUCACACCCAAGUUGGAUGGUGAGAAGCAAGAGGAAUUCAAGAAGCACAUCGAAGGAGCAACCAAGUUCCUGCUUUCGAAACUCAACGACCUCCAAUUUUUUGUGGGGGAGAGCAUGAACGAUGAUUCCACCUUGGUCUUUGCGUACUACCAGGAUGGUGCCACGGACCCAACAUUUUUGUACUUUGCCUAUGGGUUAAAGGAGCUCAAAUGUUAGACUGUUAGGGGUUAUAGAGAGCUCGAAGUUAAGGUGGUUGUUGUAGUUGUAGUUUUGUUGCAUCCAUCCUUUUUAUUUCUUUAGAUGGUGGUAUAAUUUGGAACAAGAAACUACAGUUUUUAGUUGAUGACUUUUAUUUUUGUCUUUCCAAGUCCUUGUGUUAUUUGAGCCUUUGAGGGCAUAUCUAUUUUGUUGGAUUUGGUAAUAAACUAAAUCUUCUUUUUUUUUUUGGUGCA